AUGACUAUGGGACUGGGUAGGAUCGGCGGACUUUUGGCUUGUAUGGGAUUAGUUGUUGCGCAUGGCGGUGCAACGCAUCAGAAACCUUUAACCGUGGACCCAGAGGCGGAUUGGGGUACUCGACACAUGGCCGAGGAACACCAUAUAGAAAAUUUCGACGCGGGCGCCUUCUUCACACUCCAUGAUUUCGAUAACAAUGGCGUGUGGGACCAAGCGGAAAUCCUCAAAUUCUACGGCAUGGAAGAUGAGACUGCAAAGGAUGUGCCGCAGGAAAAGAAAGACAAUUUGUUGAGGGAGAUAUUGAGGUUGAUGGAUAAUAAUCAUAAUGGACAGGUGGAAAAGGAGGAAUGGGAUAGGUAUUCGGGGAUUGGGGGGUUGUUGCCGGAUUUUGGGUUAGGGCCGGGCCAUCAUUGGGAUAUCGAGAUGGAAUACCAUGAUGAGAAUACGAAGGAAGAGGAUUUGAUACAUCCGGAAGAUAUUGAACAUUUCAAAAAACAUGAUGAUUUGGAGGAUGAAGCUGAUAGAGUUGCGGCUCUGGAUAAGUUGUCCAUUGUUGAGCAGAACAUCCCAAAUAAAUUCAGAAAGGAUAAGCAAUGA